GCUUCCAACAUGGCGCAACGAGAAGGCUCGCCAAUGGCUGGUCUGUCCGAGCUGGCCUACCUCAGGCGUUUGCAGAAAUACCAAAAGCGCAAAAGCGACUACAUUGACCAUCGACUGCAUUGGCUGGAAACAUCUUGCGAGGCCAGACACCGGAUGUUGCAAAGCGCGAAGGACCUACGGCACGAACUCACUGAGUCAAUCCAAUCCGGAGACCGGAACAAGUUCUCAGUGCUCUUCAACACCUUCCACACAUUCAGACAGGCAUGCAACGAGUGGGACACGCAGUCUCCUGUGAUCGAGAAUAUGAACAACCAUCCGCCGGAUUACCGAAGUGGCUCUUUCUUGGAAGGCCUAUCGCCAGAUACUCGAGACACCUUACUGACUUUCCUAUCUCAUGUCUCUUUUGAUCCCUUCUUCCUUCUCGACCGUCUAUUGGGACUUCCAGAUAUUACCUUCACAGCUCUAUCUAGGCCAUACUCUCAAAGCCUGACUGGAACCUCGAUCUUUGGUAAUCAUCUCAGGCAACCAUCGGACAGGACCGAGCAUGAAAACACCGAAAGGUUUUUGGAUUUUUCCCGGUCCGAUGUCCUUGCUUUACUACUAAAGUUGAUACCUAUGGAUGAGCAUACCCCAAAUGGACCAUUUUCGGGUGCUUGGGGAAUCAUCUGUGCUGGCCUAUUGUCCUACCAAAAGGCAGGAAGUGACAAGUUCGUCAUUACUGUCAUGAAUGCGCACCUUGGACAGCUGGACAAGACGGCUCGUCAUUACCUUGACACUUGGCUCUUAGAGACGAUUAGAGAAGGAGAUUUUGUCUUAUAUCACGCAGAUCGGCGUCCCUUCCGGAAUAACAAAGGCCAACUUUCCUCAGGAUUCCCAAAUGAUGAUGCGAAGGCCGUCGACGACUUCUUCGCUUCAGCCAUCGAGAAGCUGCUUUUGAUUCUCAAGGACAACAAACUAACAAGGCUUAUCCCAUCCAGUGUUUUAAGCUUGGCAAAGUCCAUCGUUGCAAGACUAGAUCCCUCUUCUCAGCAGCAACAAGCAGCUCCGUACUUUCUCUGUACGCGUUGGCUCUUUGCGUCAUACCUGUCGUCGCUGAUAACAAGUCCAGAGCGAAUAUUACAUGAACUCGCACAUCGUACAAGACUAAUCAUGGAGGGUGUUGCCUACUCAUGGUACGUAAAGCCUACUCUUGCUGCACCUCGAUCUUAUGUGUUAUAG